GGUGCUUCCCGGCAACAGAUAAAGCUCAUGGUCCAUUUGCAGCCUGAGAAGUAGUCUGCAGAGAUGUCCAUGAAGCGAGCAGACUGCCUCCACCCCUCUGCCCAGCGCAGGAUCAGAGCUUGACUUGAAGCUGUCAUGUUGUCCCCUCCAGCCCCUGCUCAGCCGAGUGAUGCCCAGACCUGUACAUGCUGCCUCUAGGCUUACUUCUCGCUAGCAACACGCUCUCGCUUUCCCUGGGCUGUCUGCGUUGGGAGAAAGCAGCAGGAACGAGUAUGCUGCAAAACGCUAGCCUGGACCCAAAGGCCAGAGUUUUGCAGUGAGGCGAAUUUCUCCUUCCCCGGCCCAGCCGGUCCUUGAGUGGAUAAGCUUCUCAGCUGCUGAGCUCUGGGCACUGAGUUUGUCUGUGCUCAACAGGUCUUGAGGUCCUGGUCUGCAGGCUAGAAGACUGGGGGCUGCGAUGGAAGAGAAUGUGUUCAGUGUGCAGCAGAUACAGCCCAACGUCAUCUCAGUGAGGCUGUUCAAGCGCAAGGUCGGAGGCCUCGGCUUCCUGGUGAAGGAGCGUGUCAACAAGCCGCCUGUCAUCAUUUCAGACCUGAUCCGGGGAGGAGCUGCAGAGCAGAGUGGCCUCAUCCAGGCUGGGGACAUCAUUUUAGCUGUCAAUGGCAGACCCUUGGUGGACAUGAGCUAUGAGACUGCACUGGAGAUACUGAGAAGUAUCGCCUCCGAGACCUACGUGGUCCUCAUCCUGCGGGGCCCCGAGGGCUUCACCACUCAUCUGGAGACCACUUUUGCUGGUGAUGGGACACCAAAAACCAUCCGUGUAACCAGACCCUUGUGCCCGACUCCAAAGGCAGUUGACUUGUCCAACCCUAGCCUGCACAGCAAAGAGCAGCCACUGUCAGGAGCCGACCACACCAUGGGCUCUCUGUGGGCCAGAGAGAUCAGGCGGGAAGUGGAGCCAUUGGUCCAUGUUAACGGUGUUGUUACUGACAAGAAAGGGCAGGACACUGGGAAAGGGAAGGACAGUGCUUGCGGUCGCCCUUGCUUCAACGGUGGUGUGGAAGAUAAUGAACUGCUCAAAGAAAUUGAGCCUGUCUUGGAUCUCCUGAAGAGCAGCAGUAAGGACAGCGAUGGAGGUGCACCCUCCAAGGUAGAGACAAGAGAUAUAGAAGUCCAGGUGGACUGUUUCAGGGAAGGGGAAAAGAAGCCCCAGAAACCCUUACCUGCUCGUAUGGAGAACGACCGCGUCUUUGGUGACCUGUGGGGAAAGAGCAACAUGCCCGUGGUCCUCAACAACCCCUACUCCGAAACAGAGCAGCCACCACCACCAGGGCGGCAGUCCCCGACUAAGAACACAGUGAAUGGAAGUCCUUCCAAAUGCCCACGGUUUGUCAAAAUCAAGAACUGGGAGACAGGUUCUGUACUUCACGAUACCCUGCAUCUCAAGACAGCAAUGGCUACUGCGUGCACUGAGCAGAUCUGCAUGGGCUCAGUCAUGACUCCCAGCCAGCAUGUCCGCAAGUCAGAAGAUAUCAGAACGAAAGAGGAGGUGCUCCUUCUGGCUAAGGACUUCAUUGACCAGUACUAUUCCUCUAUAAAGAGAUCUGGCUCCAAGGCUCACAUGGAAAGGCUGGAGGAAGUGACAAAGGAGAUUGAAGCCACAGACACCUACCAGUUGCGGGACACAGAGCUCAUCUAUGGAGCAAAGCAUGCCUGGAGAAAUGCUGCCCGCUGUGUGGGCAGGAUUCAGUGGUCCAAGCUACAGGUGUUUGAUGCCCGAGACUGCACCACAGCCCAUGGGAUGUUCAAUUAUAUCUGCAACCACAUCAAAUAUGCCACCAACAAAGGGAAUCUCAGAUCUGCUAUCACUAUAUUCCCACAGCGGACAGACAGCAAGCAUGACUUCCGGAUCUGGAACGCCCAGCUCAUCCGCUACGCUGGUUACAAACAGCCCGACGGGACUAUUCUGGGAGACCCAGCAAAUGCAGAGCUGACGGAGAUCUGCAUUCAGCAAGGGUGGAAGGCACCAUAUGGGCGCUUCGAUAUCCUGCCUCUGCUCCUCCAAGCCAAUGGCAAUGAUCCAGAGCUCUUUGAAAUCCCCCCCGAGCUCGUGCUGGAAGUGCCCAUCCGGCAUCCCAAGUUUGAAUGGUUUAAGGACCUGGGCCUGAAGUGGUACGGUUUGCCUGCAGUUUCCAACAUGCUCCUCGAGAUUGGUGGCUUGGAGUUUUCUGCCUGUCCCUUCAGCGGCUGGUACAUGGGCACAGAGAUUGGGGUCCGUGAUUAUUGUGACAACUCUCGCUACAACAUACUGGAGCAAGUGGCCAAGAAAAUGAAUUUGGAUAUGAGGAAAACUUCCUCGCUGUGGAAGGACCAGGCCUUGGUGGAGAUCAACAUUGCUGUCCUGUACAGCUUCCAGAGUGACAAGGUGACCAUUGUGGAUCACCAUUCAGCCACAGAGUCCUUUAUCAAGCACAUGGAGAAUGAGUAUCGAUGCCGAGGAGGCUGUCCUGCUGACUGGGUGUGGAUUGUCCCACCAAUGUCUGGCAGCAUCACCCCUGUUUUCCAUCAGGAGAUGCUCAACUACCGUCUCACACCCUCCUUUGAAUACCAGCCUGACCCUUGGAACACCCACAUCUGGAAAGGGGUCAAUGGGACACCUACUAAGAAGAGGGCCAUUGGCUUUAAGAAGCUAGCAAAAGCUGUGAAGUUCUCAGCCAAAUUGAUGGGGCAGGCCAUGGCCAAGCGGGUCAAAGCAACCAUCCUGUAUGCCACAGAAACAGGGAAGUCCCAGGUCUAUGCAAAAACUCUGUGCGAAAUCUUCAAGCACGCUUUCGACGCCAAGGUGAUGUCCAUGGACGAGUACGACAUAGUCCACCUAGAGCAUGAAACCAUGGUCCUGGUGGUCACGAGCACCUUUGGCAACGGAGACCCACCUGAGAAUGGAGAGAAAUUUGGCUGCGCGCUGAUGGAAAUGAAGAACCCCAACUCCAACCUGGAGGAGAGGAAGAGCUACAAGGUCCGUUUUAACAGUGUCUCCUCUUACUCGGAUGCACGAAAAUCUUCAAGUGACGGGCCUGACUCCAGGGACAACUUUGAAAGCACGGGGCCCCUGGCUAAUGUCAGGUUCUCUGUGUUUGGGCUGGGAUCGCGUGCCUACCCCCAUUUCUGCGCCUUUGCCCGGGCAGUAGACACCCUCCUGGAGGAGCUGGGUGGAGAGAGGAUCCUCCGCAUGGGAGAAGGGGAUGAGCUCUGUGGCCAGGAGGAGUCCUUCAGGACCUGGGCCAAGAAGGUCUUCAAGGCAGCGUGCGAUGUGUUCUGCGUGGGCGACGACGUGAACAUCGAGAAAGCCAACAACUCCCUUAUCAGCAAUGACCGGAGCUGGAAGAGGAGCAAGUUUCGCCUGACCUACGUGGCCGAGGCCCCUGAGCUCACACAAGGCCUAUACAGCAUUCACAAAAAACGAGUCUUUGCAGCCCGGCUUAUAACACGCCAGAACCUGCAGAGUCCAAAAUCCAGUCGUUCAACGAUUUUUGUGCGACUUCACACCAACGGACACCAGGAACUGCAGUACCUGCCAGGGGACCACUUAGGUGUGUUUCCAGGAAACCAUGAAGACUUGGUCAAUGCCUUGAUCGACAAGCUAGAAGACGCCCCUCCAGCCAACCAGCUAGUGAAGGUGGAGCUCCUGGAGGAGAGGAACACAGCUCUAGGUGUCAUCAGUAACUGGACAGAUGAGAACCGCGUCCCACCUUGCACCAUCUUCCAGGCAUUUAAGUACUAUUUGGACAUCACCACCCCUCCCACCCCCCUGCUGCUGCAGCAGUUUGCUUUACUGGCAACCAGUGACAAGGAGAAGAAAUGUCUUCAGGUCCUUAGCAAGGGUUUACAGGAGUAUGAGGAAUGGAAAUGGUCCAAGAAUCCCACCAUCGUGGAGGUGCUGGAGGAAUUCCCCUCUGUGCAGAUGCCCUCUACGCUCCUGCUCACGCAGCUUCCCCUGCUCCAGCCGCGCUACUACUCCAUCAGCUCCUCCCCAGAGAUGUACCCAGGCGAGGUCCACCUCACCGUGGCAGUGGUCUCCUACCGCACUAGAGAUGGUGAAGGACCAAUCCACCAUGGAGUCUGCUCCUCUUGGCUCAAUCGGAUACAGACUGAUGAAGUAGUGCCCUGUUUUGUAAGAGGAGCGCCUGGUUUCCACCUGCCCCAGGAUCCCAAGGUGCCCUGCAUCCUGAUUGGCCCUGGCACAGGAAUCGCCCCUUUCCGGAGUUUCUGGCAGCAGCGGCUUUUUGAAAUGCAGCACAAAGGCUUGAAGCCUUGUCCUAUGGUCCUGGUAUUUGGCUGCCGGCAAUCCAGGAUCGACCACAUUUACAAAGAGGAGACGCUUUUUGCCAAAACCCAAGGUGUCUUCAGAGAGUUGUACACAGCCUACUCCCGGGAGCCGGACAAACCAAAGAAAUACGUGCAGGACGUGUUACAGGAGCAGCUGGCCCAAACCGUGUACAAAGCACUGAAGGAGCAGGGAGGCCACAUCUAUGUGUGCGGGGAUGUCACUAUGGCUGGGGACGUCCUCAAGACCGUUCAGCGCAUUGUGAGGCAGCAGGGCCAGCUGUCAGUGGAGGAGGCAGGUGCUUUCAUUAGCAAGCUGCGGGAUGACAGCCGGUACCACGAGGAUAUUUUUGGAGUCACCCUGCGUACGUAUGAAGUGACUAACCGCCUUAGAUCCGAGUCUAUUGCAUUCAUUGAGGAGAGCAAAAAAGAUACGGAUGAGGUUUUCUGCUCCUAACCGGACCCUUUGGCCCAGAGGGGAUGCCAAACCAGUCCUGCUGCCCCCUCCAGCCGGAGGGCACUGGGUUUUGUAUUGCACGGACACGGCGGCUCCUUUCCCGUGGGGAACUGCCCAUGGAAAGCGCUCUGUCUCUCGUCCUGUUGUUGUGUCCUGAUGAUGAUGAUGAUUUUUAUUUCCUUUUCGUCCUCUUUCUCUUGCUCUCUCUUGUCCUGUGGCGGUUUCUUUUCAUCCCUAUUUCCCUUCCCCAGAUUUCCCCACUGAAGUACGAUGGCUUUAUAAUCCACAGUGGCUCUUAACAAAACUUUACAUUUCUCCUUCUCCCCACGAGGGCAUUUUGCAGCUGCAUGAAACCACCACGCUCGUGAUCAUCCACAGUUUUGGGGUUUUGGGGGAGAGCAGAGGUGGAGGGGGCUGGGUGAGAUGGGGGGUGCACAGACUGGCUAGUUCCUGUUGCUCGACCACAACUGGGGGUUUUUCCCCCACACCCCCAGGGCCCCUCUUCCCCCGGCUCAGGACUUGGCUGAAUCCUUGCAUGGUCUUUGCUUUCCUUUGGACUUAUACAGGCCAGGGCACGUACCCGAGGCCGGAGGUAGAGGAUGUGCCGUGCUCUCAUGCCCAUGGACUUUGUUCAUCCCCAGGCAGCCUGGGUGCAGAAGUGUUUGCUUCGAUCCGAAGGCUGGGCCGUCCCUGAUUCACUGAUUAACGCGUAACGAUUUCACCUAAAUGGGCUCCGUGCUGUGUUUGCCUCCUUCUCCCUUCCUUGUUCCCCAUGAGUCUCUCCCUCUGCCGGUGCCUGCUCCUUUUGCUGCCCUGCUCCUGCUGGUGUGAAAGUCCUCCCACGAGGAGCAAGCCCUGAACGUGCAGGCUGUGUGUGCAGGCAGAGACUGACGGCAAUGACUGCCUGUGCCUCGGGCCGCUCAGCCAGGCUGUCCUCCAAAAGGCUUUACAGGAGACAUGCGAUCUGCAGCGCAGAUGGGGAACAGGUUAGCCAUGAUGCUGGCGGGAGAGAUUCGGGAAUCGGCUGCAUCCUAGAGCUUCGCACGCUGUGAACGCAUGAACCCGUGUCCCGGAGAGCCUGGAAAGCCCCAAGGCUGAGAGAGGAGUGGGUCCGACCCCAGCUGCAAGAGGCACCUCCAGCUAGCGAAGGCCCUUGGGAAGCAG